AUGGGUGCAAUCACAAGAUCCAACAAAUCUGGCGCCAAGACAGCAGAAAACACGUCUCAAGUGUAUCUCCUCGCGUCAGAUAUACCAAAUGACAUCAAAAUCUCAUCCACUGAUAGUAAGGUAACAAAGCCCAAGUCCAAACUGAACCCAAAACCGUCGAAAGCUUCUAGCUCUUCUUCUUCUUCUUCACCAAAAAAGGUUCUACCCAAAUCCAAAAAGUCAAUUGAAGAGUUUAUGGAUCGUGAAAAUAUCCCUCUGGACCUCGCGCUCCCGCAGAAGUUUAUCGACUACCAUACCCCACUGUUUAUUGAUGGUUUGAAGUUUUGCAUUUCGCAAGAUCCGACAUUGUACCCCGUUGUUGUUUGUCAAAACUUUGAAGGAUUUGGAUCGAAAGAUUUUGACAAAAAAUUACAACAAGCCGAUGACGAUAGAAUACAUUUCAUUUGGUACAGUUUGAUUCGAUCCGUGAUUGCACAACAAGUCAGUGGCGCUGCAGCCAAAUCGAUUGAAAACAAGUUUAAGAAUUUGUUUAAUGAAGGGGAAGUGCCCACUGCGAAACUCACACGGGAGAUGUCACUGGAACAAUUGAAAAGUGCUGGUAUUUCUGGUCCUAAAGUCAAGUAUGUUGAGCAUAUAAGCCAAGUAUUUACAGACCCAAGUAGCAAAUUAUGUGAUUUGUCAUUUUAUGCAAAUGCCACCGUGGAGGAGGUGUACGAAGAAGUAUGUAAAUUAAAAGGAAUCGGGAUAUGGUCAGCAAAGAUGUUUGCGUUGUUUACGUUGGAGGAGAUGGAUGUGUUUGCGGAGGAUGAUUUAGGUGUAGCUAGAGGAAUGGCAAAAUACCUUCAACAGAGACCGGAGAUGUUGCUGCAAGUAAAGAGUGCAGCAAAAGGAGACGAAGAUAAACAGAAACGAUUGAAGAAAAGAUCAAAGUUUUUCAAUAAAGACAACUCGAAAAGAACAUGGAACCCUGUGCAUGACGUGUAUGUGCUUGAUAUCGCUGAGAAAUUCAAACCGUAUCGGAGUGCAUUUAUGAUGAUUUUGUGGAGAUUGAGCUCUACCAAUAUUGAUGUACUAGAAAUUUGA